AUGCCUUACAUUGACGACGUUUUUCCAGCAGAUAAAUCUUCUCUCUGCUAUGAUCCUGAUGGAACUGUUCCUGAAUUUGUUGCUUCCGUAACAUCAUGGAAAAGACCGAGCCAAUGGACAAGAACUCCUUCCUUGUUUGUUGACUCAACUAAUCCUGGUGAUGUUGAACAAGGGCAAUUAGGUGAUUGUUGGUGGUUGUCAGCCUUAACUGUAGUUUCUGUAAUUCCUGAUGUUCUUCAAAGACUUUUUGUUGAAGCUAACGAAGCUGAAGGAAGAUAUACUGUCAGAUUUUACUAUCAACAUGAAUGGAAGACAGUUACUAUUGAUGACAGAAUUCCGUGUGGUAAGGAUGGACUUCCUGCAUUCGGUCACAAUACAUUAAAGAAUGAAAUCUGGGUUUGCAUUCUUGAAAAGGCUCUUGCCAAAUUGUUGGGAUCUUAUGAAGCUCUUGAUGGUGGUUAUCUUGAAGAAGGUGUUGUAAUGCUCACUGGAGGAAGACCUGAAAGACUCUAUGUCAAUAACUGGUCACAAAAUCCAGGUAAGCAACCAUGGAGAAAGGAUCGUUUGUGGGAUAAGCUUGUUCAAUACAGUACUGAGAAUGUCUUGAUGGGAACUGGUAUCUCUUCUUCAAGAGGACAAACAACAGAUGAAUCUAAGGGUUUGGUUGCUGGCCACGCCUAUGCCAUCCUUGAUGUUAGAGAAACUAGUGACAAGAAAUUCAAAUUGAUAAAAUUGAGAAAUCCGUGGGGUCAAUUUGAAUGGAAGGGUCCUUGGAGUGAUGCUUCUCGUAAUUGGACUUUCCAAUAUAGAAAGGAAAUGGGUGCCGAUACAAAGGAUGACGGUAUUUUCUGGAUGGAAUUCAAAGACUUUUGCACCUAUUAUGACAAGAUUACUUGUUGCAGAUUGCUAAAUGACUCAAUUUUCUCUUUCCCAAUGGAAUCAAAGUUGAAAGCAAAUUUGAAGAAUAAUCUUACCUUCCCUUAUGCAAAUUGGAAUAGAAAGAGAGUUGAAGGUGCUUGGGAUAACGAAUGCGCUGGAGGAAUGAUGAAUAAUAUGGCUUUUGCAAAGAAUCCUCAUUUCCGUUUAACAGUGCAAAAGAGUGGAAGAUUCUUCUUGAUUAUUUAUCGUCCAUACUUGUCACAAGAUGCUGAUGCUCAAUACUAUAGAUCAGGUAUUGGAUUUGCUGUAUAUAAGGGAACUGAUAGUAAUUACAAGAUUCUUCCAACUGAUAACUCUCCAAAUGCUUUACUCCAAUAUCCUGUCUAUGCUAGAUACAAUUCUAUUGAGCUUGAUUUGGACCAAGGAGAAUAUGUUAUUACUCCAUGUACAAUGUAUUCAAAUAGAAAAGGAGAAUUUAGAUUUGAAGUGUUUAGCCCUAAUACAUUUGAUAUUCAGCCAUUGGAAGAUAACCUCAGAGUUGGACUGUGUUCUUCCAGAGGAUCAAGACCAACUGAUGACGCCCCUAAGAUGAAUUCCUCAAUAACUAUUGGAAAGAAUAUGAUAUCAACCUCACAACAACCACUCGCUAGAUCUGGAAAAAAUUUAAACACAACACCACAACCAACAAAACAACCAGGUUCAAACAUGAUGACAACCUAUCAAUUUGAAUUCGCUCAACGAAAUAAAUUCUAA